CGCCUCUGCUCUUCAGGUCACGGUGGGCCGCAGGCGGGAAAGGAAGCGCGGCCGGCCUUGAGACAGCGAGGCGAGGCGAGGCCAUGAUCGGGGCCGCGCGUCGGCACGUGGUGUGCGCCAUGUCGGGCGGGGUGGACAGCGCCGUGGCGGCGCUGCUGCUGCGGCGGAGAGGAUAUAAUGUGACUGGGGUGUUCAUGAACAACUGGGACAUGGUGGAUGAAAAGGGAAUUUGUCAAGGCAACCAAGAUUGUGAAGAUGCUUAUAAAGUGUGUCAGAUGCUCAACAUUCCAUUUCGUCAAGUUUCCUACGUUAAAGAAUAUUGGAAUGAAGUGUUUAGCUACCUUUUAAAUGAAUAUGAAGUCGGCCGGACACCUAAUCCCGAUAUUAUAUGUAAUAAACACAUCAAAUUCAAUUAUUUCCUACACUAUGCUAUGAAUAAUCUUGGAGCUGAUGCAAUAGCAACUGGACAUUAUGCAAGGACUUCUCUGGAAGAUAAUGAAGUAUUUCAACAAAAAUACACACAAAGGCCACCAGGACUUUUCAGAAAUAGAUUUGAAGUAAGAAAUGCUGUCAAACUUCUUCAGGGAGCUGAUCACAGUAAAGACCAAACAUUCUUUCUCAGUCAGAUUUCUCAAGAAGCUUUGCAGAAAACCAUUUUUCCUCUUGGAGACUUAACAAAAGACUUUGUGAAGAAGAUAGCUGCAGAACAUCAGCUUCACCAUGUGUUGAAAAAAAAAGAGAGUAUGGGCCUCUGUUUUGUCGGUAAAAGGGAUUUUUCAGAGUUCCUCCUUGAGUAUCUGGAACCACGUCCAGGCAAUUUUGUCUCCAUUGAAGAUGGCAAAGUUGUUGGAACACACAAGGGUUGCUUCUUGUAUACGUUUGGCCAGAAAGCUAAGCUAAAAGGCUGCAGAAAUGCUUGGUUUGUUGUAGAUAAAAAUAUAGCCUCUGGGGAAGUCUUUGUGGCGCCCUGCAGGGAUCACCCUGCACUUUACAGAGAUCUCUUACGGACAAGCAGAAUGCACUGGAUUGCUGAGGAACCGCCUGCAGAACUCGUUCGGGAAAAAAUGAUGGAGUGUAAUUUCCGCUUCCAACACCUGAUGGCGAUAGCACUCUGCACAUUAACUCUAAAUCAAGAUGGAUCAGUAUGGUUGACCCUGGCUAAGCCAAUGAGGGAUCUUACAGCAGGGCAGUUUGCCGUUUUCUACAAGGGUGAUGAAUGCCUGGGCAGUGGCAUGAUUCUGAGGCUGGGGCCGUCUGUCUUUACAUUGCAACAGGGCAAGAACAAGGAAACUACUUCUAUGAACGUGCCAGCCGACGAGGUCACGGUACAGCCAACCAAAUGACUUCUUGCUUUUAAAAAAAAACAAAACCAGAGACUUUUAAAAACUGUUUAGUUAAAAGCCUGUGAAUGAUCAUCAGACACAUGAAUGCACAUCUGGAUAUGUUUGGAAUUGUCAGAGGAUAAAUAAAGAA